AUGUACGAUGAAUCGCCAAUCAGCACCCAGAGCAUCUCUGGCCUGUUGGCCAUGUCGGAACCAGCAUCUCAAAUGCGACGCCGCACUCCCUUGCCACUCGCCUCAGUCAUCGAAGUCGAGAAUAUCAUGGGUGUGGACAACACCCUGUUGGACCUAUACUACGAAUACUUCCAUCGCGGCCAUCCAUUUGUUCUACCGAGGCCCAAUCUUCAGGCGAAGCUAGCGUCAGAAUGGCCCAGCCUACGGGCGCUGCUCGCCGUCAUGCAAUACAUUGGUUCAUCUUACGGGGAGUCUUUCUCGCCAAGAGAGAACAUGCCAGACGAUCAAACUAUUGAUGUGGUGGAUGGAUUCGUUGUUCAAACGACACUGUUGAUGGCGCUGAUCAAGAGCAUGUGUGCUGAACGGGCUGCCUCCGAAGCACUUCUAGCUAAAGCAAUCGAGCAAGCUAGGUUGAUCGGCAUGAACGCCAAAUCUUUCGCCAAUGCGGCUGCUGAGAACGACCCUGUCCUCGCCGAGAGCUGGAGGCGGACAUGGUGGAUGCUCUAUUUGUCCGACCAGAACUUUUCUGUUAUUCGCUACGACUUCAUUACGUCGAUCCAUGAUACAGACCACGAUGUCGACCUACCUUGUGAUGACCUCAACUACUGCUCCACGGAUAUACCUCGGACGAUGCUCUCCUCCAACGAUUACCGAAACCGAGAGUACGCCCUAGACACCAUACACUUCUCAUCAUUUGCCUAUCUUAUCGACGCAACGCGCAUUUUUGUCUCCUCAUUGAGAGAGGCAACUCAAUACGAAAACCCGCACAAGGCGGAACUCCUCUGUAGCGAUUUGGAGGCUUCGAUAGUUGGUUGGUUUGUCAUGCUUCCGCCUGACAAAUGGCAGCUUGCCGUACAGCCUGUUUUCCUCGAUCAGCUGAUCUUUCAAGCUCACAUGAUGAUGUAUACAGCUCUGGUGUAUAUACAUCGGCCGUUGUCGAGCCUUCAACAUGAUCCCGCCGAAGACUUGUCAAGCUGUGGCACACCCCCGCCCCCUCUAGUCUCCAGGACGAUAACCACGGGCACACUCAGUCAUAAAACCCACUCAGACAAGCUAUUUCAAGCAGUCCGUAAUCAAAACCAGUGCUUGACCAUCCUGCCUCUAGGUGCCGCCCAGCUUUCGCCCUUUCUUAUUUGUAUGAUAGCGUGCUGCACGAUUGCCUACCUGGUCGCUUGCAAGUCGGGAUUCACACCAGAUGAGGUCGAGGUGGCGCGGUCGCGCAUACGAGUCUGCCUGGGCACGCUCAAGCACUACGAAGAUAUCUGGCCCAGAGCCAAGAAUAUCCUGCAUGAGCUGCGAGUUAUCGCCAAUGCUCUUAUGCGAGAGGAUUCUGUUUCUCUACCACCAAGUACCGGAUUUGAUCUCCUCGCUGAACAGGAUACUAUGGCUGGUGAUUUAUUUGGCGGAGAGUGGUUUAAUGCAUUAGGAACCAUGACGUGA